GGAGACAACUCCGACCUCGCGAUGGAACCAGUGGUUGAAUCUGCUGUUUUUCUUUCAUUCGUUGGUGCAUCAUGUUAUCUCUUUGGCCGUAAAAUUAAAAGGAGAGUUGACUAUUUGGGCAGUAUUACCCGUGUGGACGGCUUGAAAUCGUUAGAUGAUUUGCUUGCAAAAAACACCACGAAUCUCCUUGUUCUGGUAUCCGGAAGAGUUGGUUCCGCAGCUCCCCUCGACUGCAAACACAAUGGUCUUUUGGGUGUUCUUGUUGAGGAAACGGCUAAACUGGAUUGUAAGAUCGAGUUGGAAGGUGGUGGUUUGAUAGAGAAGUCUCUAACGUUUCUGUUACAUCAAAAGGAGACUCCUUGGUAUCUAGAAGACUGUACGGGUCAGGUGAAUGUAGUGGGAGUUCAAGAUGCUCUAGGAUUUAAUAGUAUUCUAAAUAAGUAUGUAUUUAAGAUGCCAGCAAGUGAACUCUUGAAAACGGUUGUUAUACCUGAUGGCACAAAGGUGCUUAAACAUAAUUGUCAUGGGCGUGCUCUUAAUAUUGGUACUUACUUGACUUUUGUUGGCGAGGCUGUUAGAGACAAAGCUGGGACUGUCAUGAUUCAAAGACCCAAGGAACAAUCUUUUCUGGUCUACAGUGGAGAGGGCUCAUUUGAAAAUAUGGUUGCUGAAUUGAAGUCAAUGUCAGAGGUUUAUAUUGGGCUCGGCAAGAUCAUCGGAACUGUUGGUGUGGCUCUAGCCGUCAUGUACGGUGUGCAUUGUAUAAGAAGGGUGUUGUUACCAUUCGAGUGGGAGAAAGAAGAAUUACGUAACAGAUCAGAGAAGGCUAAAUCAGACAGGGGAAGAACCCAUCAGCGAAAAGAAUCAGACAUGGGAAGAACCCAUCAGCGAAAAGAAUCAGACGCUAGUCGUUUACCUAUAGGAUUGGCUUUCCUUCUGGUGAAAGGCAAAGAUUGUUGAAAUGCUUGGAGGGGGUACUGGCAUACAUAUCCUCGGUGAUGCAAGAUACAAGGAAACUUUUUAGUUUGUGGCCCUUAUAUUUUAAUUAUGUUUACAUAUGAGCCAUAACUUUUGUAAUUACAAUUAUUGCCCCAGUUGCCUCGAGCUUAAUUAACUAAGUAGUAAAAU